CAGGAUGCUGGCGGGGGCAGUUUUCAUGGUGAUGAGCGUCACCGCCUGGUCCCGGGGAUCUGCAGCCAUUCCUCUGUCUGGAGAAGAGAUCAUCACCCAGAUCCACAGCCUGGCUACUUUAUACAAGAUCAACUCCACCCUGGUGCUCAGCACAUAUCUGCAGCACCAAGGCUCCCCGUUCAGUGACAUUAACUUCAGCUUCCCUUCCUGGUUUGAAAACGGUCUUCCCACUGCUGCUAUGGGCUUCAAGGCCUGGAGAUGUCUUUGUCCUGGUGACCGUCUUCUGCAGGCCAGACAAGCCUUCUCCGCUAUAUCUGAGUUCUUCCAACUGGUCCGGGAUGAUCAGAUGUCCCUGAACACAAUGGCUACCGAGCUGCACCGGCUCCUGGAGAUCGCCCAGAGAUCCUCAGAGGCUUUACUCAGUAACCUCAAUGAGGCCAUGCUCAUCCUGGGCUACCAGCCUCAAUCCACCCAGCCCGAACCUCUGAGCUGGGCCUCUACAGACGACAGCAUCUUCAAGAGGAAGGUACGAGGCUAUGUGCUGUGCAGAGAGUACAGGGACUGGCUAAUGAGGGUGCCCAAGGACAUGGAAAUACUGAGGGCUGCAAGGAACAGGAGGGAGACUGUUGGGUUGGACAGGAAGGAUUGCUGCCGCUCCUAG